UGUUGUAAUCUAUAUAUCUAUAUACAUAUAUUAUAUACCUACCUAUACUGUAAUCUGUUGCUAAAUGUUGUAACCGAUAUGCUUAAUACCUGAGUACACGCUUUUGUCGAUCCCCCUUCGCUCGAUACGCCGCACGUUAACGCGGGUAGCGGAAACGGAUUAAUGCCGAAUUAAUUAGUUAUCUCUUUUUCUCGCGCACUUUAGUAACGCGAAAGGGAGGAGUUCUCGGACAAAUUUGAGACGGUCACUUAGCCAGCCACUGGGAAUUAAUCAGCUCUCGCCGCUGAUGCGCACCAAAACCGCAGUAGGCGCGAGAUUACCCGGUGGCAAUGUGCUAUCAGAGGACGAGCAGGAUGGUCGAGCCGGCACGUCGGAAGACGACGAGAUGAUGUCCGAUUCCGAAUCCUCGAUUGCUUCUUUGACGGAUAAGAAGAAAUCAUUCGAGCAAACGAUGGAUGAGGAAAUCGUCAUGCUGGCCGAGGCUGUUUGGGACCAUGUGGCGAUGGAGCCGGAAGAGCUGGCUUUUCGCGCCGGGGAUGUUAUCGACGUCCUCGAUACGCUAGAUAAGGAUUGGUGGUGGGGCAGCUGCAGAGGAGAACAUGGAUGGUUUCCAGCCGCUUUUGUCAGGUUGCGCGUAAGCCAAGAGGACACGGUGGAAGAUUGCCUGGCCGCGAUGGCCUCGGGAGGAUCCGCGGGUACUCAGCUUAGAAGACGGACAAGCAUCUCCCUGCUUUCGAAUGAGCAAGUGAGAACCAGUGUGGUCCGCGAGCUCGUCCAGACCGAGCGCGACUUCGUCAAAAUCCUGCGCGACGUGGCCGAGGGCUACAUCGCGGAAUGUCGCAGGCGUACGGACAUGUUUACCGAGGAACAGAUCGAGACGAUCUUUAUCAACCUGGAGGAGCUCCUGGACUUCCAGUCUGAGUUCCUGAAGGACCUCGAGGCCAGCAUCGAUUGGAACGCGCCGCACAAAAGCUGCGUCGGCGAAUGCUUCCUGAAUCAUAGGGCGGGUUUUCGCAUGUACUCCGAGUAUUGCAACAGCCAUCCAAUGGCCACAGCGACGCUGCAGGAGCUCUACCAACAUAAUCGUUACAGCAAAUUCUUCGAGGCCUGUCGGCUGAUGAGAGGCCUCAUAGAAAUCCCCCUGGAUGGAUAUUUAUUGACGCCCGUCCAACGAAUAUGCAAAUAUCCCCUUCAAUUGGCAGAAUUACUCAAGUACACCAAGACCGAUCAUCCGGAUUAUCACAAGAUCCAGGAGGCCUUGGAGGCGAUGAGAGAUGUCGCUGUGCUGAUCAACGAGAGAAAAAGGCGAAUGGAAAGUUUGGAGAAGUUGGCCGCGUGGCAAAUGCGCGUAGAAGGCUGGGAGGGUGAGGAUCUCAUAGAAGUUUCGUCGCAACUUAUUUAUCAAGGUGAAGCGAUGAGGGUGAAGACCGGCAUGUGGACAAACAACAUCACGCUAUUCCUCUUCGAUCAUCAACUGGUCUACUGUAAAAAGGACAUUCUCAAGCGCAAUACUUAUGUCUACAAAGGUCGCAUCUAUCUCGAUACCAGCGAGGUCAUUGACGUACCCGAUGGGAAAGACCUUCAAUCGGGAGUGACAGUGAGACAUUGCCUGAAGGUGUACAGCUGCGUUCGGGACAAGUGGUUACUCUUUUGUUGCCGUACAGCGGAGGAGAAGCGGAGGUGGCUGGCGGCGAUGGCCGAGGAACGAAGGCUAGUAGCUCAGGACAGGAACGACGGAUUGGAAUUUCCAGCGGCAGCCAGGCAACUCGCCAGGCUAGCUGCUAGCAGGCAGCAGAACAGGCCACCGAUCAAACCUCGUAGUAAGUAUCUGCCACAACACAGAGAUGUAAUCUGCCAUAUCUGUAUUUGGAUUAAUGGAACCCAAAUACACAUUUAUAUCAACAAUACGUAA